AUGCGACAGUGGCUUACCAGUUUUCUUGCCUCUCUUGGAGUAAAACCUGUCAUAUGCCAUGCAGUAGGGGCAUGCGGCGGUCACAGCCACAGCCACAGCCACAGCCACCACCAUCAGUCGCUAGAGUCUGCAGUAAAAGGGCAUCACCUGCGGCAGUGUCAGCUUGUCACAGUCGUCGGUGGAACCACCAACGUCUUUUUAUCCUUGAUUAAAGUAUGGGUUGGGGCCCAAGGAGGUUCGGUGGCGCUUGUUGCCGAUGGAUUUCACGCCAUUGUUGAUCUUAUUUCGGACGUCAUAUCGUACGUUACAGUAACACUUUCGGUGAAGCAUCUGCCGCGGUGUCGUUUUCCAUUUGGUAUUGGUCGAAUUGAAACUGUCGGCGCAGUUGUGACGGCCUUUAUUUUGCUUGUGGGGGGUCUGAUGCUACUCCUUCAAUCGUUGGGUGAAUGUCAGCGGGAGCUCUCUCACCGCGUCUUUGGUGACAAUAACACAACUUUCCCCGACCUCCUUCAUCACGGUCAUAGUCACUUAAAUGACGCGGGGACCCAAUCGACUGCGAGUGGUCUGCAGGGCCACCAUGGUCACUCGCACUUUCAAGUCACAUACGUGGAUGGGGAGGGUCGUGUGGCGAUUCUGUGGACAAUGGUAUUUGUGUCGGUUGCCUCUAUUGCUUUGAAGGAGUUCCUAUUUCGUUGGACAAAGCGUGUGGGUGAGCGCGCAGGGUCACGUGUUGUCGUCGCGAAUGCGUUUCACCACCGUGCCGAUGCAUGGUCCGGUGCGAUUGUACUUGUUGGAGUGGGGGGUCACUGCGUUGGUAUGCCAGGAGUUGACGGCUUAGCUGGUUUGUGCGUUUCGUACAGUAUCUGUCGCGUGGGGUACGACCUGCUUCGCGACAGCAUCCUUGAGUUUUUUGACUUUCAGUGCGCCGAUGACGUGGCGUCUGUACGGCGUGUACUGAAGCAGUACAAAAAGACACCGCUUGUGAACGUGUUUCUCAUUCGUCAUGGUCAUUCCUCCGUGCUACACGUCACUAUCCUUGUUGGUGCCGAGACGACGACGGCAUCCGUUGUGGAGGCAACAUCAGAACUCACUGUCCUUGCCAGGCACAGCGUUGCGGUUAGAGACACCUACACAACACUCUUUGUCUACGACAAGGACAGCGAGGCAUCGCUGCAUGAGGCUUUGAAGCUGUUGGAGGAAUUUCACGGGCUGGAGCCCAUCAUGUGCCGUUGGGAGUUAAAACAACUUGUUAUUCGUCCAACUCUAUAUAAAGAAUGCAUGGAUGACAUAGGCACUGUGGCGUCUCUCUUCGGUCUGGAGGUCAUCGUGUCGCAGGAUGAUUCUCAGUUGGCGAAACGAGAUGGAACGUGA